AUGGCAUUUGGGGACCUCCUAGAGCUGGUGGGCAGCACAGGACGCUUUCAGAUCCUGCAUGUGAUACUCCUCUGCAUACCUGUCCUGAUGAUGGCCAGUCACAACCUGUUGCAGAACUUUGUUGCUGCGGUGCCUCGUCACUACUGCAGUGCACACACGAACCUCUCUCAGUCCCAUCUGAGCCCAGAGGAAACCCUGCUGAUCACAGUGCCGCUAGACCCGACAGGGAAGCCACAGAGGUGCAAGCGUUAUGUUGUUCCACAGUGGCACCUCCUGGCUAAGAAUGGGACCUUCAGCUCAGGGGAGCAAGGAGACACUAAGGAUGGUGCGGAUGCUGACCUGCAGGAAUGUGCAGAUGGAUGGUCCUAUAACAUGACUGAGAUGAGCUCCACAAUCAUAUCGGAUUGGCAUUUGGUAUGUGAUAUGCGCUCUUUGAAGCAAAUGGGACAGACAGUCUACAUGGGAGGUGUGCUUGUGGGAGCGCUCAUCUUUGGAGGCCUUUCAGACAGAUAUGGUCGACGCAUCCUCCUGCUCAUCUCUAACCUGCUGAUGGCAGUGGCAGGAACAUGUGCCGCUUUCUCUACCUCCUUCCCCCUCUUCUGCCUGUUUCGGUUUGGUUGCGGCAUGGCUCUGUCUGGCCUAGGGCUCAACACCUUCUCACUCAUUGUGGAGUGGAUCCCCACUCGUGUGCGAACAGUGGUGGGAACAAUAACUGGUUAUUGUUACACAAUGGGACAAUUGCUCCUGGCAGUCAUAGCCUACUUCAUCCGUGACUGGAGGUGGCUAACCCUGGCUGUGUCUUUGCCCUUCUAUGUCUUCUUUCUCACCUCAUGGUGGUUUCAUGAAUCUCCAAGAUGGUUAGUCCUGAGUAAUCAGUCUGAGAAAGCCAUCAAGAAUCUUAAAAGUGUGGCCAAAUUUAACGGACGCCACGAAGAGGGAGAAAAAAUUAACAUUAAAAUGCUGCAGGAGUCCAUGAAGAAAGAGGUGUCCUGUUCACAGGGCUCCUACUCUGCCCUGGAUCUGUUCCGCACACCUACAAUGAGGACAAUGACAAUCUGCCUCAGUGCUAUUUGGUUAUCAACAAGCUUCGCUUACUAUGGUCUCGCUAUGGAUCUGCAAAAGUUUGGGGUGGACAUCUACUUGAUGCAAGUGAUCUUUGGAGCUGUUGACAUCCCUGCUAAAGUUGUCAUAACUGUGUCUAUGAGUUUUCUUGGGCGCCGUCCAUCACAAUGUGGUGCUCUUAUUGUUGCUGGAGUCACCAUUUUGAUCAACCUGCUGGUACCUUAUGAUAAACAGACUUUGCGCACCUGUUUGGCUGUAUUGGGUAAAGGUUGCCUCGCUGCCUCCUUCAACUGCUGUUUCCUUUACUCUGGAGAACUGUACCCAACUAUUAUCCGUCAGAAUGGCAUGGGCUGGGUAUCCAUGAUGGCUCGUAUAGGAUCCAUGGUGGCCCCCAUGGUGCUUCUCACGGGGGAGUAUUUACCUUGGCUACCAGGUUUAAUCUAUGGAGGAGCUCCAAUUCUCACUGGAGUGGCUGUAAUAUUCCUUCCUGAAACGCUUGGCUCACCCCUUCCUGACACAAUACAAGAUGUGGAGGACAGGGGACCUGGUAGAAGCUCCAAAAUGCCACCAAAGGAAGCAAUAGUCUUGCAAGACACGCAGUCGACUCUCCUAAAGCCGGCUGUCUGAGGGCAUCUGUAUUGUUCUUCUGAUGUUUUUGCUGACAUGUUAAUGAAAGUCGGUGCUGCUUUUUCUCUGGCCUGUUUACUUGUUUGAUUUCCGCAAAGAGUUCAUUGUGGGUUAUGAAUGCUGGAAAAUGGAGCUGGAAAGGUUUUUUGGACAGGUCAAUACAGUGAAAUUAAUAUAUCUGCAAACAAUCAGACCCAUGUUUAUUUGUUAUCCAGUAGCUUUAAGUACUUUAGUCUGACUUUGUACCAAUUAUUGUUUUAUAUUUUACUUGUCUGUGUUAAAUAUUAAUUUCAUAUAAAUUCUACAGUUAAU